AUCUAAAGCAAAUUUAUCUCGAUAGUCUUUUCCUGCAGAACUGCUGGUAGUUAGCUAGCUAACUACUAGAGCGCGUGUCUAAAUUACGUGAACAUCUAACUAAUAGCUAGCUAUAGUGAUAGUACCCAUUUUCACUGCAGUUGAUUUCUGUAGUCAUUUCAUUAAAAAGCAUCAGUAGUCAUUUCAUUAUAAAACAUUAAAUGCUUUGCUAUAGGGGCAGUUUACUUGAGAGUAUAAACUUGAAAAAUGCAAGAUUCCAUAAAUCAUAGCCAUUUAAUAUGUCCUUUAUAAAUAUGUGGUUGAGUAAAGCUGUCUAAGGAUGUCACGUUUGCUAGCUAGGCAGAGAGCUCAUGAAUUUUAAUGGACUACGCUAGUAAUAUUCUGACAAUUUUGCUUUUAUUGACAAAAUAGUUUUGUCUUCCAUCUCUAAAUCUUGCUUUUAAGGCAAGGACCAAAUUUGCAUCUCAUUAUCUUUGAAAUUUCAUAAAUUCCCAGUGUUACUGGGUAUUUUUGUGUCACGUGACCAGCCAGGGUCAUUGCUGGCAACUCCUUAAUAACGGCUCAGGGGCUGCAAGACCCUGGGGACAAGGUUGCCUACCAAAAUGAUUGCGCAUGUUGUAUGAACUGCAGAAUGCACCAGCCGCUCUCUACCCUUUCUUUUGUAGUUCUUUCUUCCACUUCUUAAACUUUUCAACUAAUUCCUCAAUUAACUCCACCAUGAAAACCAAGUCAUCUGUAACAAUAACUUCUAUGAGCACCCUGCUCUGGGUUUCAUUGACAAUACUUCUAAGACUAAAACAAACAACAAAAGAUUAAGUAUAGAACCCAAAUUCACACCAACGUUUACGUUAAAUCCAACACAACUUUUAGCAUUGUUGUACAUACCUUCUUGUACUUUUACAUUGUGUUCGCUGUUGCUAGUUUAUGUCAAUUAUUAGUAUAUAUUGCUUAUUAUUUUUAGAUGACAGCUAAACCUGUUGAUUCAUUUCAAGAAUUUUGUCAGUUAUGUUCAAGGCUUGCCGAUGAACCAAGUUAUAACAACAAAACUUCAAUCAUUAAAAAUUUUAUUAAGGAGCAUUCAUCAAAAAAAGGUAAAUAUGAUGGGGAUUUGUUUCUCUUGGCAAAGCUUUUACUUCCUGGAACACAAAAAAGAAUCUACAAUGUUAAAGAUAAGCAACUCUUGAAGUAUUUUUCACAGGUUUUCCAAACAGAUAUCCAAGAAAUGACAAAUCAUUUAGAGGAUCAGGGAGUUGUGUCAGAAACAAUAAAAGAAUUCUUUGUAGAAAGUGAGUCAUCUGUUAAACCAAGCAAGAAGAGUGUUCUGACAUUGCAAGAUGUCAAUAAUUAUUUAGAUGAACUUGCAUCUGUAUCAAAAGAAGAGGCCCAAAUAUCUGUGUUACGAAAAAUCAGCAAAAAAUGCACUGAAGAAGAUUUAAACACGAUUGUAAAGUUGAUCAAGCAUGAUCUUCGUAUGAAUACUGGUCCCAAACAUUUUCUUGAUGCUCUUGAUUCUAAUGCAUAUGCAGCAUAUCAAGCUUCCAGUGACCUUAAGAAAGUCAUUGAAAAAUGGGUUUCUGGUAAUGAAGAUAGCUCUAUUCCUGGCUUAAAAAAGAAGUUGAGUAUCCGUGCUACAUUAAUGACACCAGUAAAACCGAUGUUGGCAGAGGCUUGUAAGUCUGUGGAGCAUGCUUUUAAGAAGUGUCCAAAUGGAAUGUUUUCAGAAAUUAAGUAUGAUGGUGAACGAGUCCAGAUUCACAAAGAUGGAGACAAAUUUCAGUAUUUUAGCAGAAGUUUGAAACCAGUUCAGCCGCACAAGAUAUCAGAGAUCAAAGAUUACAUUCCUAAAGCAUGUCCUGGUGGUGACAGUCUUAUACUGGAUGGAGAGGUUCUUCUCAUGGAUACGAAAACAAGUAAACCUCUUCCUUUUGGUACUUUAGGAAUACACAAGAAAUCAAAGUUCAAAGAUGCGACUGUCUGUUACGUCAUAUUUGAUAUUCUACAAUUUAAUAACGAAAAUUUGUUGCAUAAACCAAUCGAUGAGCGACGUUCCAUUCUUCUGCAACACGUGAAACAAAUAGACAACAGAAUCAUACACUCCGAAAUGAAAGAACUUACGAAACCCUCUGAACUGCAAGCAAUGUUGAAAAAGUGUUUCGCAGAAAACUUGGAAGGAUUGGUUGUCAAAGAUAAAAAAAGCAAGUAUGAGCCUGGAAAAAGACACUGGUUGAAGAUCAAGAAAGAUUAUUUAGAUGAGGGCACAAUGGCGGACACAGCUGACUUGGUUGUGUUGGGAGCAUACUACGGAACUGGAAAUAAAGGUGGGAUGAUGUCAGUGUUUCUUAUGGGUUGCUAUGACGACAAGAAGGAUACGUGGGUGACUGUUGCAAAAUGUGGAAAUGGACACGACGAUGAUACGUUGAAGAAAUUGCAAAAACAAUUAAAGAUGACGAAAAUUAGCAAGGAUCCAGCAAAAGUUCCAUCUUGGCUUGAUGUAAACAGAUCUAUUCUUCCGGAUUUUGUGAUCACCAAUCCUAAGAAUUCUCAAGUUUGGGAAAUAACUGGAGCGGAGUUCAGUGAAUCGACUACACACACUGCAAACGGAAUAUCAAUUCGCUUUCCAAGAGUGACGAAAAUUCGACACGACAAAGAUUGGAAGACAGCUACAAGUUUGAAACAACUGCAACAUUUGUUCACAGAAUCUAAAAAAACUACUGACGUAGAAACAGCCCAUACAACUAUUGCGACGAAGAUCAUUGACGAUGCAGAAGCUUUCUCUUCGAAACGCAAGAAAGAAGUAAAAAAAAUGUCUUCUCCAGGAAAGAAAAGAAAGCCUGCGAAUGCUACCGAUGACGUGCCAGAGAGUAAGAUACCGAAGAAACUGUUGUGUGAAUAUGGAUCGAGUUGUUAUCGAAAGAAUAAAGAACAUUUGGAACAGUAUAGUCACGACGUACCAGCCGACGGUGACGAUUAUGAUGACGACGUCGAGAUGAAGGAUGAUGAUCCUUCUCCGUCAAAACCUCAGGAGCUGAUCAAUUUGUUUACUGAUUUGCGUUUUCUUAUAAAAAGUGAAGUUAAAGACACAAAGAAGUUAAAGCGAUUUAUCAUAGCUUUUGAUGGUGACGUCUUAGAAGAUUACGAAUUAGAUAACGCAACCCAUGUCAUUUCUAAUAAGCGAAUUAGCAAUUUGGAAGACUCCACAAAGCAUGUGGUUAAACCAGCGUGGAUAUGGGCGUGCAUUGAAGCUAAAAGACUUGUUGCAAUUAAUAAAAAGUUAGCUUUUAUUUAGACUAUUGUAUUUUUAACGAGCAAUUAAAAAUUCUGAUAACGCCGCCAUCUUUAGUAUCAUGGCAGCUAUUGUGUAUCGAUAUUCAAAGGUUGUAAGGUGUAGCCAGGAUCUCUGUAUCUUUAAAAGUACAAAUGAUGUUUUAAUAUUGUGAUUAAUGGAAGCAAUUGAACUGUUUUCCUGACCACAUGUCGAACGCGCUACUGCGGCACACUCUCCGCUAUAAAUAUUGUUCUGUAGUUUUAUUGUUGUUUAUGGAAAGUUCUUAUUUAAAUACUGUGUUAUAUAAACUUUGUGUUGUAGAAAUUUUGUAGUUGACAAAAGAGUCAGUUUUGUGUGUAAUUCAAUCAUAUGUGAAUUUCCAGAUAAAUUCGGAUACAAAUAAAACUUUAUUUUAAAACGUGACUAUAUUUUUAAAGAACGAAAUCUAAACUAACAUGUGCGAGAAUAUAAAUACAUAAAGAGAGCAGCUAGAGGACUGGGGAAGAUAUAAACAAAUAUGGUAACCACAUCCUCCCCCCUAGCUGCCUAAAUAUCUUAUAUAUAACAAAUACGUGAUAAACUAUAAAAGUGUCAACAAAUGUAUAACAUAAUGUCUUUAUGUUUCUUAUUUAAAUGUUCGUUAUGAUAUCAUUUUCGUCAAUGAAUGUGAUAUUUACUUCUUCUUUCUUUUCAGCUUCGUCUUUCGCUAAUUCAACAGGAUAAAGUUUGUUUAUCGGUCUUCUUAUUGUAUGUGUGUUUCCAUUGAGAACAUAUCUAACGACAGCUACCCGUUUCUUGCCGUCACGUGAUGGUACGAACUCUUCAACGACUCCCAUUUUCCAAUUUUGUCUCGGUUGCUUUGCUUCCUCAAUUAAAACAACAUCGUUGAUUCGAAUAGAAGUUUCACCACGUGAUUUGCCAACUCUGUGAUAUUCGCGUAACUCUGUCAAAUAUUCGCAUUUCCAUCGAUUCCAAUAGUGGUUUAUGAUACGUUGCAAAUGAUCAUAACGUUGACACAAAUCUUUUUCAUUUUCAUCGCUAUCAAUAUGUGAGGCUUCCAAAUUAAUUUUUCUCCCAAAUAAUAAAUGGUUAGGUGUUAAUGGUUGCUCACCUAUGUUUUCAUACAAAAAUGUCAGCGGUCUGUUAUUAAUAACUGCUUGAAUUUCAGCUAGAACAGUCAGUAGUUCUUCAUACGAUAAUCUGGUAUUGUGUAAAGUCUUCUUUAAACAACGUUUGACGGAUCUUACAAGUCUUUCGAACAUCCCUCCCCACCAAGGAGCGGCUUCUAAAUUAAAAUGCCAUUUAAUUCCUCGAUUUGACGAAAAUCGUUGCGUAUCUUCGGCAAUGAAUUGACUACCAUUAUCAGAAAUAAUUUCAGAGGGAAUACCUCGUUCACUGAAAAAUCGGCGAAGACUACGAAUACAACCUGAAGACGAAGCAUCAGGAACUAAAUCCAAAUGUAAAGCUCUGGUACUGGUACAAGUAAAUAAGAACACCCAAGCUUUAUACAUACUUCCACCAUGAUAAACAUUUCGAACAUAUAAAGGUCCGGCAUAGUCGAGACCAGUAUGUUUAAACGGAUGAUGAUUGGAUAGUCGUGAUUUCGGUAAUGCUGGUGAAACAGGAUACGCAUAAGAUUUCCCUUCAUAAUAACGACAUAAAUAGCACUGUCGGAUUAACUGCUUUAUGUAAUUUCGUGCUUUUGGAAUCCAAAAUUUCGAUCUGAUGGCAUUAAGUGUUUCUUUCAAACCAUUAUGCAAAACUUGAACAUGAUAAUGCAAAAUGACUAGCCUAGUUAAAGGAUUUUUUUUCGGUAAAAAUAUCGGAAACUUAGUAUCAAAGUCUAAAGGAGCGUUUUCUAAGCGUCCCUUACAACGAAUAAUACCAUCAAUAUUUUGAAAUCGUAAAUCUUUUUGUAACUGCUUGUAACUCGGAAGUUGAAUUAUAUCUUUUUGCGCAUAUUUAAUCCACAGUUUUUCUGCAUGCAACUGCUCGUCCUUUGUAACAAAUGUAUGUAAAACCAAUUCUUCCUUACGACGCUUUUUUCUGAGGUUUCCAACAAAUCGUAAAACCAAUGCGGUAAUUCGCAAUAAACGUGUGUAAUUAGAAUAUCGUGCAAUGUUCAUAAAAUUUAAAUCAAUUUCUUCUUCGGUGCUCUCCUCUGAUUCGUCGUUACCAACAAUUAAACAAGUCGAAUCAUCAACCUUGAAAUUACUGAAAUUAAAACUCGAAGCUGAGAUGUUAGUGUCGCGCAAGAAAUCAGGUCCUGAAAACCAUAAGUUAUUGUUCACCAACUCAGAUACCAAACAACCUCUCGACAAAAUAUCCGCAGGAUUUGCCUUUGACUCCACAUGAAACCAACUGUCCGGUGAAACUAAAUCACGAAUGAUACCAACUCGCCGUUCGACAACCACCUCAUACUUCUUAUUAACAUUUUUAAUCCAAUAUAAAACAAUAGACGAAUCAAUCCAACACCGUGUCACAGAAAUAUCAUAAACCAAACUCAACUCAUCACGAACAUACUUCACCAGCUUCGCUAACAUCACUGCACCAUACAGCUCCAAUCGAGGUAUCGUGACCGGUUUAAUUGGCGCGAUUCUCGACUUAGACGUCACUAACUUCGUAAAAAAACUACCAUCAGCAUGUUCGAACCUCAAAUAAACACACGCACCGUAACCUUUCAAAGAAGCAUCAGAAAAACCAUGCAAUUGUACAUCAACAAUAUUCCCGCCAUCGUAACAUCGUGGUAUAUUCAAAUGUGAAAAACUUUUAAAAUCAUUGUACGUAACUCGCCACUCGUCCAAAACCUGUCCACUCAACUCGAUGUCCCAACCAAUUUUACCUACACAGGUUUUUUGAAACAAUGUUUUUAAUCGCAUAACAAUAGGGUUAAUAAGACCAAGAGGGUCAUAAAUGGAAGCGGUAAAUUUAAUCAAUUGUCGUUUUGUCGGUAUGUCCUUCGCUAACGAUAAAAUGUCGUCGAAUGUGAAUAAGAGCGAAUCUUUCUUUUUAUCCCACAAAACACCAAGAACUUUGGUAACAUGUCCGGUAUGAGCAACAUGGGGUUUGGUAACUAAUUGUUCCAACUCUUCGGAAUUCGAAUGAAAUUUAUGCAGAUUGAAAUUUGCUUCAGCGAGACGUUGUUUACAUUUCUGGUAAAAAUCAUGUGCUGCAUUAACAGUAGCGCCACCGGAAGUUAGAUCAUCAACGUGAAGUGAACUCAAUAACUUCUGUACAAACAAAGGAUCAACAUGAUUAAACGAUUCAGCAUGCUUAAUAAGAGUGGCACUAAGGAGGAAUGGUGACGAACUUACACCAAACAAUACUCUACUCAAUCUAUAAAUACCAAUUUCUGCAGUUUCAAUGUUUUGUUCUGAUAAAUUAUGUAAAUCUUUAAACCAAAUAAAACGAACAAAAUCACGAUCGGUUGGAUGUAAACUAAUUUGUAAAAAUGCCUUCUCGAUAUCAGCAAUGAAGGCUACUUUGUGAGAUCGAAAGCGCAAUAAAACGUUAUAUAAAGGCUCCGUUAAAGAUGGUCCAGCAUACAAACAAUCAUUUAAUGAAGACAGUCCCACCGAUUUUGAACUUGCAUCGAAUACCAUGCGUACUUUGGUGCUUGGUUUAUCAUCACGAAUGACUGGUCGGUGUGGUAAAUAGUGAACUUGUCUUUUGGUACAAUCGUCGUUGGUAACUCUUUCAAUGAUACCUUGUUCAAGCUGUUCUUUGAGGAUACUGUUAUAAUUACGCAAUAAUUCGGGAUUAUUUUUCAAUUUAUGCCUCAAUGAUUCAAGUCUCUUUGAAGAAACACAAUAAUUAUCAGGGAGCACAUCGUGAUCAUCCUUAAAAGGCAGCCGCACCUCGUAACGUUUAGUCUGCGCGCUGAAUUUAACAUUUUCACAAAAAUUUUCAACAGCUGGUUGUUCCUCGAUACCAGCGUUUUCGAAGGACCAAAACUUUUCCAACUGAUUAUCCAACUUAUCUUCGACAAACUCAGCCCCAAUCUUCAAUACGUUUGCUACCAAGACUGCACUUCUACUACCUUCACUCGACCCUAUGCGUCCACUUACAAUGUAUCCAACCUUUGAAUUUAAAGCAACUGGCCCAUCCUCACCCCGAACUAUACCACCAUCAAAAAAUUUCCAAUAAUUAUCAGCACCCAACAAGACAUCCACCUUCAAAUCUCUAUUAUUACAGUUACUGUCAGCUAAACGUAAGUCUUUCAAGUGUUUAUACUUCAAACAAUCGUUAAAAUUCUGUCCUGUUAAAGGAUGACAAAUAUUUUUCACAUAACAAUCAACGUUGAUUUUAUCUCCAUCUAAACCGAUCACUGAAAACUGCACCCUAUCUAAAGUUUCUUUGAACGAAUGUUUACCAAAAAUACGGAUGCAAAUCUCACGCUUACCAACAACCUUUAAUUGCAAUUUUUCACAUAACUCGGGCGAUAUGUAACUUAAUUGGGAACAGUUAUCGAACAAAAUUCUCGUGUUCUCAAUUUUUGAAGGAUCAGUAGUAUUAACAACUUUAACUUUAGCGGUUUGCAACAUAACGGAACUCGGAAUGUCGAGCGAAUUUGAACUUGUAACCAACGAAGUGGCACCAGCAACAUUUUCUGGUUUUUCUUGUUCGGUUCCAUCCUUAUCUCUACGACCUUGGUCAACGUCCCUUUUCUUAUCACAAAUAGCAACAUGGUGUCUACCCGAACACUUUAAACAACUAAUCUUAGAAUAACAAGACUUGGCUAAAUGUCCACCUUUCAAACAAACAAAACAUCUCUUCUUGUCACGUAACACGUUUUUCCUUGCGUCGAAAUUAGUGAUUAUUCGGCAUUGCUGUGAUUUAUGCGAUUUGUCACAAAAUAUGCAUCUAUAAUUAUUCUGAUUAUUCUGAUGAUUGCGAUAAUUAUGCUGAUUGUUCUGAUACUGAUUGUGCGGAAGAUCACGGUUCGAUUGAUGUGAAUAGUGAACUGGUAAUGCCGAUGAUGAAAACGGGUUGUUAUCGUGUGGCUGUUGUAAAGAAUAUGCAGAUUUCUCACGAACUUCGAUCUCCGAUUUUAACGCUCUUAAAACUAACUUCAUAUCCCAGCAAUCUUUGUCGUUAAAUUGACGACUAAUAAUUAAAUUAAGCUCUUCUGGAAGUUUCGACAUAAGUACCGGUAUUAAUAGCGGACCAUAAUUUUCAGACGUGACAUCUAAAUUUUCCAGACUUCUCACUUGUGUCUCAACGUUGUCAAAUACAUUACGCAAUGUUUCUAUGUUAGUUAAGUUAUUCGCCUGUUCAAGUUUCAGUAAUUUUUUCAUAUGUGCUGAAAUAAGUAACUGUUUAUUAUUAUAUCUCUCUUUCAGUAAAUCAACGACGGUUUUAUAAUUUUCAUUGCUAAGUCUAAACCCAGCGAUACAACUUGCAGCGGGACCUUCUACUAGAUUUUUUAAAUAGGUCAUUUUUUGAACGUCGGAAAUAUCGUCAUUAGUGUGUACGGCACAUUCAAAGCUAUCCCAGAAAGUCGACCAGUUUUCCGGAUGCCCAUCAAAGGGCUGUAAAUGUAAGCGAGGCAAUUUUAUUAGUUUACUGUGGCUGAAAGUGCUUCCUGCUUCUGAAAAAUCCUUUUUGGCUGAUCGUUUUUCUAAAAAUGAUUCAAACAGACGAAGUUUAUCCUUUAACAUCAUCAUUUCCUCCGUACUAGAAUCUUCUUCCUUGUCGAUAUCCUCCUGCUCUGUCAAGCAAUCCAUAAUCGACUCGUUUAGUUCAGCAACUUUCGCUAUUUUUUCCAUCAAAGUAUCACGGAUCGACUCAAUUUGACGAACAUCUGCAACAUUAUCGGUAUAUGACGAAAUAAUUGUCUCUCCCCUUGUAAUUAAUUUGUUUGCAGUUCUAACAACAGACUUUCUAACUUUGUUGUACUUCGCGAAAUCACCCAUUUUUAAAAUCAAAACAACACCAAACUUUAAACCAAACCAAUAAAAAUAAGACAACUAAAAACCACUAAAUAAAACCAUAGAUACAUAAGCAAAGUAUCUCUCCGAGGGCUCCAAUGAAUUUCCAGAUAAAUUCGGAUACAAAUAAAACUUUAUUUUAAAACGUGACUAUAUUUUUAAAGAACGAAAUCUAAACUAACAUGUGCGAGAAUAUAAAUACAUAAAGAGAGCAGCUAGAGGACUGGGGAAGAUAUAAACAAAUAUGGUAACCACAAUAUGAAAUUACAAUUUUAACUUAUAACUUAUUUUUUCCUUGUUCUUGUUGUUGCUGUUGUUGUUGUUGUUGUUGUUGUUGUUGUUGUUGUUGUUGUUUUAUAGUGUUUUUCUUAUUUGGUUUGCGUUUUUUAUAUAUAUUUAUGUAUACAUAUAUCAAUGAUUGAAAUAAAAUAUAAAUGAUA